AUGUCCCGGUCCAAACAACAACUUCCACACUCUCUGAAACAUACAAAAGACGACAUUGACUCCACAGUUCGGCGUCUGGAUGAUCGCAUAAGGCGUCUCGGCGAUUCUACACUGCCUAAGCAGCCAUACUUGCUAUCCGUACCCUCAGACGUCCCAUACAGGCACAACCCACAUUUUGUGCAGACCUGGUAUGUGGGAACGCCGUUCAAGAAGCGAGAGGAGCAGCUGCAGUACAUGAGCUUUCUACCUCAUCAAGGUGAAUACGAAGAUCUGCUCAAGGUCGAGGGUGUUUGGGCCGACGAGAACGGCAGUUUCCUGGACAGCGAACCUUCUACGCGACCAAUUUCUCGCGCCGCGCCCUCAACACCCACAGACCAGACGAAUCGAAAGAAGAUUAGCCUGAAGGACUACAAGAGAGAACGAGUACAGCCUGACUCCGAGAAUACACCUUCAAAAACAGACGAAUUCAAGGACUUGAAGCCGGCCAAACUUCAGGCACCAGAGACAGACAUGCCUUCGCGAUCGCCGGAACCGCCUGUUCGAAAGCCGGUGAAGCAAGAGCGAGGACGAAGCCCGAUCCGAGCCGAAGACAAGAAGAUACAUCCACCUCGACUCGAUGGCCAUGCUUCGCCCCGUCCGAAAGAUACCACUGACAACCCACGACCCUUGAAGAAGCAGAAACUGUCUAACUCCCCGAAACCCACUGUUGAGUCACGCACCGAGACAGACGUUCAGAAACGUAUCCCAAAGCUACUCUCGCCGACUUUGCCCUCAUCCCCAAGUCACGAUCACGCGCUUCCGGAUCUUCUAACGCCCGAUCUCCCGCCCUCGCUACUUCAGGCCUUAGCGACACCUCCCCCCUCGAGCAACGGGGAUUCAAUUCAUCAACAUCAUCGGUCCGAGUCGGUUCGCUCUAUUCUCGGCAUCAUCAAUGAGGAAGGGCCUCGUUCCACAGAAAAAGGUCCACAAUCUGGUUUGCUCGGUGGAAGUAGAGUACGCUCGGAUAGUCAGCACUCAGCGCGCAGUGCUUCAUCCGUUACUGGCAAAGUCCCAACCGCCUCGAAGGCUGGAGGAAAAGGUGGAGUCGUGACUCCGACUCACAGCCGAAGUCCAGGUCCCAGGCAACGACAUAUUAUUGUGCUUAAGUAUGGCAAGAAGAACCGCAAACGGGUUGAAGCCCUUCUCAAGUUUAAGUCAAAACCGAAGGUGGUGUCCAGGGCGGCGGACAACACAGAUUCAUCCCGCCGAGACGGCAAAUCACUUGCUUCGAAGGACGUUGCAAAUCCAUCGCAUCGCGAACGAAGCCCUGAGCGUCGGAUUCCCAGGGCAAAAAUUCCUGCGGCCGAGCCGGUGAAGCGGCCGUCAACCCCCCUUACAAAUGGCCUUCGAGACUCGAAACACUCUGCCAGUCCCACGAGUAAACCACAAAAUGCAACACCUACUUCCAGAACCGCACUGAAAUCCACCGCCAUGCGCCGCGUUGAGUCAGUCGAAGGCAGCAACGCAGAUCCCACCACGCCAGGCGACAAAUCUAUCCGAAGCUCUACACCUCUUUCAACUGAGCGCUCUUCCCGGCCACCCAAAGCAUCUCCCCGUCCCGCCUCUACACCCUCUACCGUCUCUACGUCCGAUGAGGAACGCAUCGCCUGGUCUCGGCUCGACCGCGACCGCGAGUACUUUGCAUUGGGCCGCAAGCUGAAACACGAAGGGGCCGACUUGUUGAACCAUGCUGCCUCUGCCACCGACAUGCACAAGCCCAUGCUUCUGAUCAUUGAGGCAUUGUUGUGUUUUAUGCUCAACACUGCUAUACAAGGUUACGUCCGGCCUCGUGUGGACCCCGGUUGGAGCACGAUUCUCGGAUACUACAACUUCGUGGUACAGAAGACGAGACAUUUUGCACACCUGCACGGCUUGGUGGUGCAGCUAGGCGCCGUGUGUCGAGGCCAUAUUCAGAAGGCGGGCAUGGAACGACUGGGUAGGGAUCCGCUUCCAGAGGAGAUGGCAGGGGCGGCGCCAACGCCCGGAUCUGAUGGAAACACAAAGAGCGAAGAUCACGAGGGCUAUAAGCGUCGGUAUCUACUCUUUAGAGAAGAGUUGAUUCAGAAUACGGAGGAGUUGCAGGCGAGCUGGCUGAAGGGUAGCAGGCUAUUAGGUAUUGAGGUCUUGCAAAGGGAGUAUCCGGAGACGUGGCGUGGGAGGAGCAAGGACUCUGGCGACAGGGGAAAAGAGAAGAUCAAGCCAGAGAAUGGUCUGGCCAAGGGUUACUUCUUACCGGUCGAUCCGGUGACGAAUACCUUUGAGGCGGCGGAAUAUGCUCUGAAGAUUAUGGGCGAAUGGGCGGAUCGUGAGGAUGUGGAUUGGAGAACGAGCGUGCGGCUGUGA